AUGGCAACAAGCUCAAUCCUCGCUCCAGGCACGGCUCCAGUCAAGGCAGAGUACCUCAUAUCGAUUCAGGUGGUCGAUGUGGUAGACGACGACGCUGCUGAAGGCGUCACAAAUCCUGCUACAAAUGAUUUUGCAGUAACGAAAAGAAGUUCAGAUGAGCAACCUGAAGAGGAACCGGAGCAUAAGAAACAAAAACUAAGCAGCUCUCAAAGGCGUCGACUAGCCAAAGAGGAAAGGAAGGCAAAACGUGGGCAAAAUAAAAAUCGGCGAUUUACGAAAGCACAUGACGAGAUUGAUCUUUGCUGGAAUGCUGGUCGUGGGAUAAAGUGCCCCAAAGAAGAACUUGCUAGCUGCAAGUUUUCGCACGACCUGAAAUCUUAUCUUGAGUCGAAAUUGCCUGAUGUCCGGAUACCCCGCAAGGGCGAGCUUUUGACCCAUCCACCUUAUGUAACUAUCCCAGCUGAACCGGACAACGACACUGGGCGACGAGAAGGAAUUAUCUGUCCAGAGUAUAGAGAACUUGGAGAGUGUAAAUACGCAUUCAAGUGUCGAUUCCUUGCGGACCACGUCGAGCCAAUUCCUGAAAAUGAAGAAGACCACCUCGGGGUAGGUCUACGCAUUCUAUACGAUGCUAACCAAGCAGAAAUUGCGAGAGAAAAAUUCCAGGAGCUCAAUCGAUUGGCCAGUCCUGGAUUGCUUAAGGAUUUACGCACGAAGAAGUAUCCCACUCCCAAGUCGGACGAGUAUCUUGCCUACCUGGCAACACUCCGUGAUGAUGCACCGACUGCGGGUGGCAGGGGUGCUGCCACCGCCAACGCUGACGUUGAAUCCGCGGAGCAGACGAUGGGAGACCAGUCCAAAAUCCCCAGGGGACAGCAUGAACACCACGAGGAACCUCAAGAUACUCCUGAUGUGCCUAUGCGACCGGUGGAAAAGCUGCGUCUUCAUUGGAAGAAUCAGACCUACCUUGCGCCCUUGAGCACAGUGGGCAACCUUCCUUUCCGUCGCUUGUGUGUAGACUAUGGCGCUUCAAUAACCUGUGCGGAGAUGGGUCUCGCAGCCUCUCUUCUCAAUGCCUCGAAGGCUGAGUGGUCGCUUGUGCGGCGCCACCCUUCUGAAGGCAUAUUUGGUACUCAGCUCGCCGGCAACAAGCCCGGUACCCUCGUCGCUGCCGCUGAAGUCAUCUCGCGAGAGUGCCCCAAUGUUGAUUUUGUCGACUUGAAUUGCGGAUGUCCCAUCGAUCUGGUGUUCAAAUCAGGGGCCGGCUCAGCCCUGUUGGACCAACAGAGUAAGCUCUCGAAGAUCCUCGUUGGAAUGAACCGCACGUUGGGCGAAACACCUCUCACGAUAAAACUCAGAACCGGGGUGAAGGAUGGAAGGAAUUUGGCCCAUCGUUUGAUGCCUCGCCUCCACUCCUGGGGUGUCAGCGCGGUGACGGCAAGUUGGCGAAUUCACGGCAGAUCCCGUCAGCAACGUUACAGCAAGCUGGCAGAUUGGGACUACAUUAAAACAUGCGUUGACGUGCUCCGUGCGUCAGAAGCUGACGAAGGAUUAUCGCCAAUCCCCAUUUUUGGCGGUGGCGAUGUUUACUCGUCUCAGGGGUACUGGGAGUGCGUCGAACAGAGUGGAGUGGAUGGUGUCAUGGUGGCAAGGGGAGCACUCAUCAAACCCUGGAUAUUCACGGAAAUUAAGGAACGCCGCGAAUGGGACAUCAGCUCCAGGGAGAGAUUGGACAUCGUCCGGCAACUGUGCGAGUAUGGCCUAACACACUGGGGGACAGACACGGCAGGCGUCAACACCGUGCGGCGCUAUGUCUGCGAAGCGUUGUCGUUCCAGCAUCGGUAUAUUCCGAUCGGGGUUUUGGAGAGACCCAUCGGGAAGCUGAAUGAAAGAGCUCCCGCGUACCACGGGAGAGAUGAGCUCGAAACAUUACUUGCAAGCACUGACAGCAACAAGUGGGUGGAAAUCAGUAGUAUGUUCCUAGGACCGCCCCCCGAUCAGUGGAAAUUCGAGCCAAAACAUCGCAGCAACAGCACAUCGGAAGAAGGCAAUGGAUAG